AUGCCUCCUCUUCGCAAACCAGAUCGUAGGAGUACGCAACAGAAAGGAGAGUCACAGCCCAUGACCGAGAUCAGAAUGUCGGCCAACUCAACGGACACCACCUUGGUCAACAACCAUCCAGACAAGGAGUCUGGCUUUGAGCAGGCUCCCUCGGUCCACCCUGUCUAUGGUUCCUACCGAGAGUCAUCUCCUCUUCAACCACCCACACCCGUGAGACGGCCAGGGUAUCCAGACGACCACAGUCGAACCCUCUCCGACCUCAUGACCGAGAGCAUACAAAACAGUCCCAUGGAAACCCCGGGUUCAGGAUCCUUCCCUCUUUUUGCUCCCAGAGCGACCUCUUCAUAUUCCGAGGCCGGAACCAGAAGCUCUUCACCCUAUCCAUCUCCAUAUCCCGCGUCCACUCCCUUUCGCAGUCAAGAAACUCUACGACCACUCGUCCCCGAUUCUGCUCCCACAUAUCUCCACCGGGAUUGGGUCAAAGAGGGUUCAAUCGCUCAACUCCACCACCGAGAUGACAAGGAUCUGUUGGCUGGUCGCAGGAGGUGGCUGUAUACCUAUUUUGCGCCCUUGCUGGGUUUGGCCACCCUCGCACUGUACUGGCUGUACUUUGGCAUGCGUAUCACUUUCGUCUUGUCCGCUCAGGCAAAAUUCGGCGCUCCUUUCCCUCUGGCCUGGAUCUUUAUUGCCAUCGAAAUCAGCGUGGCGGUCCCCAUCUUUCUACAGACUUUUUGGUCGUUGUUCAUCAUGAAGAAGCGCAGAAGGCCAAAGUUGCGGCUGCUCGGAAACGAUGUCCCCACCGUCGACGUCUUCAUCACCUGCUGUGGUGAAGAUUUCGAUGUCAUCAUGGACACCGUUCGAGCUUCGUGCGAUUUGGACUACCCAAUGGAUCGAUUCCGAGUGUUGCUGCUCGAUGACGGAAAAUCCGACGCUCUCAAGAAUGCCAUCGAGGAUAUGCGGGAGACCUUCCCAAACGUCUUUUAUAAGCGUCGACCGAAAUUCCCGGGAGUACCCCAUCACUUCAAGGCCGGCAACCUGAAUUACGGCCUGGACGAUGUCCACAACAUGCCAGGGGGUGCCGGCGAAUACAUGGCGGCUCUCGAUGCUGACAUGAUUCCUGAACAACAGUGGCUCCGUGCCGUGCUUCCCCAUCUGUUGGUGGACGACAAGAUGGCUCUCGCCUGCCCACCUCAACUGUUUUACAACGUGCCCAAGGACGACCCGCUCUGCCAGAGUUUGGACUUCUUCGUCAGUGUUUCCGAGACCGUCAAAGAUGCCAUGGGUGUGGCCUGGUGCACGGGUUCGGGCUAUGUGGUUCGACGAGUCGCCCUGGAUCAGAUUGGCAACUUUCCCUGUGGAUCCUUGGCCGAAGAUGUCGCGACAUCCACCUUGUUACUCGGUAAAGGAUGGAAGACCGCCUACGUUCAUGAGAAGCUACAAUUCGGGACCGUUCCCGAAGACUAUGGUAGCCAUCUGAAGCAACGUACUCGAUGGGCCAUUGGAACCGUCGAUACGGCCUUCAAGCUCAAAUUUUGUCUCUGGGGUCAAGCCGUCAAGCACAUGAGAUUCGCCGCUCGAGUUUCCAGCUUCAUCUACGCCUUUCUCAGUCUUUUCAACAUUUUCCUUACCCUGUCCAUCUUCGCCAUGCCCAUCGUCCUCAUCUCGAACAAACCGCUCGUGGCCUACGCCAAUGAAAACCAGCUACGAUGGCUGAUUCGGGCCUGCUUUGCGACCAUGGUCUGCAAUCGCCUGUGCGAGUUUGUCCUCUAUAUCCCAUCCGGCUACGCUACCGGACAACGAGGGAGUCGGUCUCAACUGUGGAUGAGUCCAUACGUGGCCUUGUGCAUCAUUCGCUCCUUCCUCCUCCCCAAGUGGCUCGGUGGUCAGACCCAAGCCUUCAAGCCCACGGGAUCUCUCGAAUCGGCCCUCAAUGAACGAUUCCCGAAAAUCCGGGCGCCCAUGUACCGACGAGUCUGGACGAUUUGCGUCAAUUACAUGGCUGGAUUUCAUGUCGCCUACGUCUAUUUUGUCCUCGUCGCCGUGUGCCUCUCCUCUUACCGAGCCGUGGUGACGCAGUAUACGGUACGGGCGAAAUUGGUCGGCUUGUUGACCCAUGCUUUUUGGCCACCACUGUCAUGGGUGAUCGUCUGUUCAUCCUUCUGGAUUCCAUUCACAUAUGCGGUGGAUCCACCCGACAUGCCUGAUCGUGAGGAGCUCCUCGUGAGAGAUCCCAAGACCGGUGUGGCACAUCCUACGGAAAAGGCCAAGAAAAUCGGUCGGGCGCCACAGACCUGGCUCUUUGAGAUUGAGUACUCCUUCACGACGAUUUUCACCACGGCGGUUUUCGUGGCGGCAUUCUUUUAUUAA